CUGAAACAACGGACAGUACCAUGGGGGCUUUCAUUUUCUUUUCCUUCAUGCUCCUGGCCAUGUUCUCAGCAUCUUCAACCCAGAUUUCAAAUACCAGUGUUUUCAAACGAGAUGAGAAUCCAGAACCUGCAUGUAUUCUGGAGAAAAAAAAUGAAGCUAACCCCCUAGGCGGACAGAGGGAUUCUAAUAAGCAAGGAGGUAGUUAUACACAAGGAAACACAGGAACAUUUCGUCUUCAAGGACAACCAGGAUAUUUUAACAAGCUAGGGAAACCAAGGAAUUUUAAGCAAGGAAGACCAGGAGUUUUGAACCAGCCUGGGAUUUUAAAGAAUUCAGGAAAAUCUAACCAAAAAGGGAAUCCAGAAUCUUCUAAUACGCAAGAAAAAUCAGGAUCUUCUAGCAAACUAGGGAAACCAGUAUUUUCUACCCAUCAGAGAAAUCCAGGGUCAUCUGGCCAACAAGGGAAACCAGGGUCAUUUAGCCAGAAAGUGAUGGUGGAGUCAUCUAGCCAACAGGGGAAGCCAAGAUCAGCUAGCCAACAAGGGAAUCUAAGGUCAUCUACCCAGAAAGGGAAUUUAGUAUCUUCUAGUCAACAAGGGCAUCUAGGGUUAUCUAGUCAUCAAGGGAAACCAGAGUCAUCUAGCCAGCAAGGGAAGCCUGGGUCAUCUAGCCAACAAGGAAAUCUAGGAUCUUCUAGCCAACAGGGGAAGCCAGGAUCUUCUAGCCAACAGGGGAAACCAGGGGCAUCUAGGUCUUCUAGCCAUCAAGGGAAGCCAGGGACAUCUAGCCAACAAGGAAAUGUGGGAUCUUCUAGCCAACAAGGGAAACCAGGGUCUUCUAGCCAUCAAGGGAAGCCAGGGUCAUCUAGUCAACAAGGAAAUCUAGGGUCAUCUGGCCAGCAAGGAAAUCUAGGAUCUUCUAAGCAGCAGGGGAAGCCAGGGACAUCUAGCCAGCAAGGAAAUGCAGGGUCAUCUGGCCAGGAAUGGAAGCCAGGGACAUCUAGCCAACAAAGAAAAUUAAGGUCAAUUUACAACCAACAACAAAGAAAAAAUAUCAACAACACUUUGAAUGACAAUAUAAUGGACUUUCAGACUGGCAGUGCCAGCAGCAAGAACUCAACUACCAAAACAAAAUGUCUAUCUGUCUACAAACCAGUCUGUGCUUCUGAUGGAAAAACCUAUGGUAACCAUUGCAUACUUAAUGAAGCAAAGAGGUUGAGUAAUGGAAAACUGAGUUUGAACCAUGAGGGAGAAUGCUAA